UGUUUUUCAGAUGGCGGUCAGGGAAACAACGGUAAUUUUGGUUCUAUUGGAAACAUUGCCAACAUUGCCCAGAGCAAUCUCGGAUCUACCUCUAUCGGUAACGUCGCCACGGUUGUUCAAGCGAAUGUAGACACGACGGGUUCUGAGGGUAGCUCAAACUCGGGGGACAAUAACAGUGACAACAAUAAUAACAACAACGAACAAAAUGGUAAUGGAUCCCAGGGCAGUGUGGGCAAUAUAGCCAACGUUGCCCAAAGUAAUGCUCAAGGACAGGGCGGAGUUGGUAACAUUGCCAACGUGAUACAAGCUAACGUCAAUACCGGUCAGUCAAAUUCUAACUCAAACUCAAUCGGUAACGUUGGAAACAUCGCUCAAAGCAAUGUUGGAGUAUCACAAGGCCAAGGCCUUCCUGGUAAUAUUGGUAACAUUGCCAACAUUGGACAAAGCAAUAUUAAUGGACAACAAGGCAUGGGUAUCGGCAACAUUGCUAACAUCGGACAAAGCAAUAUUGGUGGGCUUCUGGGUCCAUCUGGUAAUAUCGGUAAUGUUGCUAACAUCGGGCAAAGCAAUCUUGCAGCUAUUCUCACCUAUUUAUACGGCAAUGGCCAGAACUAUUAUUCAUACGGUAAAGGAUACAACAACUACGAUAAUAACAACAAUUAUUAUAAUAAUAAAAAUAAUUACAACAACAAUAAAUAUAAUUACAACGACAACAACAAUUACAAUAACAACUAUUAUAACAACAACAAUAAUUACAAUAAAUACAAUAAUUAUGGCGAGGAUAGAAACAUCGAACGGCCUUGUCAAGUCUUCGACACUUACUGUAUCAGAAAGUACUUCGCGGAGAACUCGAAAUGCAAGGAAUCCCAAGGCCCAGUACCCGACCCUAUGUACAGAGCUCAGUCCACGUCGUUCCUCCCAAGAGUUAAUCUAACGAUGACCUCUCAUGAUGCUCUAUACAGUGGUCUUAAUGGCAGAAUCGAGGAGUUCUACAUCAACAAAGAAACGGAUAAAUUGGUCCUGGCUAUCGAAUUCCGUAACUUAACUUUCUACUCGAAAGACACUUACUUCCGGUUCCAUCGACGCGGAAGAGAACCCAUUGUCAACGUGGACUAUCUCUACGUUAAUUACAAAUCCGUGGUGUCUACUAUCGUUAUUCCGAACAGGAAAGACCUUCAGCUGCAGAAGAGCGAAACCGUGUCCUACGUCAAUGAAGUCCCAAUAUUUAGCAUUGGAAAAAAUGCUUUCGAUCACCCAGAUUCAACGGUUCAGUUGACUAAGAUUCAAAUUGUUACUGACAUUUCAACGGAUGCUCAAGAAAUGGAAUUAACUGAAAGCGCGUUCUACGCUUCCACCUUCAUACAGUACAGCAUCUGUGACUUUGGUCUUAAAGUUUUGUAAGGACCCAAU